GGCAGAUGAUGCCACCGUUAUGUCGCCGUAAAACAAAGUUGGAUAGCCUGCUAGCGCAACAACCCACUGCAUGAUGAAUCGAGGCGCUGAAAUGAUCUGACAACUGUGCAGUGGGCUUUGUUUAUUCGUGUUAUGAUGAUGCCCACAUAUGCAUCUAACAUUUUCCUUUCAAAAUUUAACUCAAUUAACUUUAAAAUCGCCAGACUAAACAUAUCCACGGCAAAGUAUCCAGUCCUUGUCCUAUUGAAGUGGAGAAACUCACAUAGACUUUCCUCUGACGGAAACUCAAUUUCAACAAAAAAGCCAGACCCCUAUAAUUUGUGUUGUAUCUCCCCCUAGUGGCAAAAUAGAAAACAUGAACCAGCGCAAAUGUUAACCAAGGAUAUCUGUGAUAUUAAAACACACUACUGUUAUUUUCUGCAGGUGUGCAGAAUGGAUUAAUAACAUCAGGCGGGAGGACCUAUGUGGUUUACAGACCGAUGAAAUGAAGCAUAGGAAAGUAUGCAGUGACCAUUUCGCCAUUUCACAAUUUGUGAACCCAUUGGACAGGAAAUCUGGCCUACUGCCAAUGGCCGUACCCUGGCUAGUAGACUGUCCCAACCCCCCUAAAUCUCAAGACACAGUUCGUCCACCACCCCGAAAACGGGUCGCACUUGAAAUUGAGACAACAGACUCAGAGAUCCUGGAUAGCACUGAUGUACUGGCCAGUGUCAGCAAUGACAACACAGUGGAAAAACUGAAAAGAAAAAUUGGCUGCUACAAAUCAAAGCUGUCAAGGCUAAAGAAAAAGACACCAUCUAUCAGCAAACAAACAUUAAAGAGGGAAAUUUCCAAAGUAUUGCCAAAACAAGCCGCACAAUUUGUCAACGAGCAAAUUGAUAAUGCCAAAAAAAAACCAAGGGCCAUUCGGUGGAGCAACUUCAUGAAAAGUUGGGCGUUACAGGUUAAGGGUACAGGGCCAAAAGCCUACCGAACCAUGAGGAGAAUUUUCAAGCUCCCUACAGCCAGGACCCUUUCAAAUAUCUUGCAGAGAGUAGACAUCGGGCCGGGAUGGCAUGAACCUGUGCUGUAUGCACUUAAACAUCAAGUGCAGCAUAUGGAAGAGCGAGAUAGGCACGUUGCCAUCACAUUUGAUGAAAUUACAUUGAAAUGUAGCCUAAAUUAUAACAUCUCGAAAGAUGAAGUAGAAGGGUAUGACGAAGGGGGAAGACCAGCCAACCAUGCAGGGGUUUUCAUGAUCCGUAGUCUAACUGGGAAAUGGAAACAACCCAUAGGGUACUUCUUGUCAUCUGGGACCAUGAAGCAUGGGGUCUUAAAAACCAAAAUCAUGGAGGCGGUGGAAAAGGUGCUUGACACUGGCUUCACUCCCAUGGUGCUGGUAAUGGACCAAGGCAGCAACAACCUGGCAGCCUGUAGAAACCUGGGUAUAACAGAAGAAAAACCGUACUUCUUUGUCAAAAGCCAGAAGAUUCAUUUUUUAUUCGACCCCCCCCAUUUAAUGAAAAACAUCAGAAACAAUUUGCGAAAAUAUGGAUUUUACAUAGGGGACAAAUUGGCAGAAUGGGGAGACAUCACUGAAAUGUUUAAAAUUGAUUCACAAAGACAACACCGAAUGGCACCCAAGUUAACCCAACGGCAUCUGUCCCUCACUGCCUUUUCAACAAUGAGUGUGCCUCUCGCCACUCAGGUUCUUAGUCAUUCUGUUGCGGCUGCACUGCUCACCAUGGCAGACAUGGGGAAGCUAAGAGAGGGGGCAAAAACGACGGCAGAUUUUGUAGCCCACUUUAACCAGAUGUUUGACUGCUUUAACAGUAGCACAUUGUCCAGCAGCACACCACAAAAGGAUGCCUUCAGAGAGACACAUAUUGAUUUUAUCAAUGAGAGUAUUAACUGGCUGGCAUCUGUCAGAUGUGCCAGUGGCAACAGCUUGAAUUGCCUAAAUGGUUGGAGGCAUAACCUAAGAGCAAUCAAGGAAAUCUGGGCUGAAUUGAAAGGUAGCAGCAAUAAGGCAUAAUUAUUCAAAUUGAGCUUUGCUAAUGCUAAUGAGCUUUGUCCACCACUGCAUGUUUUCUGCUGUUGGCCAAUGUACUGUUUGUCAUUUGCAUUCACAGAGAAAGGAUUUCAGUUUCUAUUUACGAGGCACCUCAACCAGGACUGCCUGGAACACUUCUUUGGGGUGAUCAGAGCGAAGGGCGGGCACAGGGACAAUCCAGACCCUCAGCAAUUCCGAUUAGACUACAGGCAGGCCGUGCUAGACUAUCUAAUGACAUUUGGGAGAAAUACAAAUUGCGAACCGGAGGAAAUACACCUAUUGCUGCAAUUGUCCCAUUUGUUUGAG